UGGCCCUGGGGUAACGCUCGGCGGCGAUGGCUCCGGAACGCGGCGAUCGGUCGCUCCCCGCCGGUACCGAGGGUCUUCCUCGGGUUUUCCUGCAGAGCCUGCGGACUCUUUUCGAUAUCCUGGAUGACCGGCGGCGGGGUUACGUGCACCUACGGGAGAUCGAGUCGCGCUGGCGGGGCGCAGAAGCCCGGGAACUGCCCACUGGGGUGAUGGAGGGGUUGCGGCAGGCGGCACCGGCCAGCGGGUACCUCACCUUCGAGAGGUUCGUCUUGGGGCUGCGGGCGGCCCUGCCCGGGGCUGAGCACCCGGUUGAGGGCGGCAGCGGCGGGCAGCGGAGCGUGGAGAAGCCGCCGAGCCCUCGCUGUUCCGAGGAGCGGCGGGGGAAGAACACUGGGCAGCGGGAACCGGGGCACAGCCAGCCCCGAGGCCGCGGUGGUGAUGCAAAAUCUGCUGGGCAGUCCCAGGGGGAUGGUGGCCACCCGGGGGCUGGGGACACUCGGAGGCAUCAGAGGGGCCGUGCAGAACACCGGAGACACACCAUCACCAACGGCGUGGAUUUCAGCAUGCUGAAGUACAUGAAAGAUCUGGAACAGGAGAAGGAUUUCCUGCUGCAGGGCCUGGAGCUCAUAGACCAGGCUCGAGACUGGUACCACCAGCACAUCCAGCUCAUGCAGGAGCACCAGCGGCUCCUGGGGAAGAAGAGAAGCAGUGCUGAUUUCCCUGAGGGUGGCUGGAGCCACCUGGGGCGCCUGGUCCCCAAGCUGCAGGAGGUGAACCGCUGCCUGGGUGAAUUCCUUUCCACCACUGGCAAGCCAGCAAACCCCUCCUCAGCCCUGAGCAGGCUGGUCACCACAGUGUCCCCAGCCUCCACAGGCUCCCAGCAAGCCAUCAACAUGCUAAAGGAGCAGAAUCGGCUUCUCACCAAGGAGGUGACUGACAAGAGCGAGCGCAUCACCCAGUUGGAGCAGGAGAAAUCUGCCCUUAUCAAGCAGCUCUUUGAGGCUCGUGCCUGCAACAACCAUGAGGCGAGCCAGCUGGACUCCACCUUCAUCUAGCACCUCCCCCUCCCCAUCGUCGAGCUUCCCCAGGGGUUUCGAGGAACUCUGGCCCCAAACCGAUCACACCCGUUGUUCCAGAUGUUGUAUCUCAGGGUCUGGGACUGCCAUUGGCAUCUCUGCAGGAGGAAGCUGGCACCCCACCUGGGGAGCAUCCCUGCCCUGCUGUGCUGCUGGCUUUCCAGCUGUGCUGCUCUCAAGCUGCUCCUUUUCUGUCUCUAAGUGGGUGUGGGGGCUCUCUCCCCAGCCCCACAACCCCCAGUGUGCAGGAGACAUGGCUGCUGCCUGUGCUACCUGUGCAGGGGGAGCUG